CCUGAGAGACGUGCAGAGAAUGUGGAACUCGAGUUCCCUCCAGUUCCCGUCCCACUUCCAAAUUCCUGGAAGCCAAAAUCCCGGGAAAACACUCGCAAGGGUUCGCAGAGAAGGUGCCUCCUUGAUUUCGAGGACGUUCUUGUUCAGAGAUUCUAAUCGCUGCGGAGCCCUAAGACGGCGAACUGAGGUUUUGGGAAGCCCUGUGGUAGCGAAAUCUCAGGUAUCGGAAGCUGCUCCUUCGCGGAUUUCUAGUGGUUCCGAUGUUGUUAGGGAUUUCUACAAUGGGAUUAAUCGCCGGGAUCUUGAGUCAGUGGAGCUUUUGAUCGGAGAGGAUUGUGUUUAUGAGGAUCUGGUCUUCUCUAGGCCAUUUGUUGGUCGCAAGGCUAUUCUUGAGUUUUUCAAGAAGUUCACAGAAGGUAUUAGCGAAGACCUUCAGUUUGUUAUUGAUGACAUAUCUAAUGAAGAUUCAUCAGCUGUUGGAGUUGCAUGGCAUUUGGAGUGGCAGGGUAAACUUUUUCCAUUUAGCAAGGGUUGCAGUUUCUAUCGUUUGGAUGUGUUGGAUGGCCGGAGACAGAUAGUCUAUGGGCGAGACUGUGUAGAACCUGCUACUAAGCCGGGGGAGAUGGCAUUGGUUUUAAUCAGAGGAGUCACUUGGUUACUGCAACAAUUUCCACAGCUAGCUGAUAGAUUGUGAUGCAAUCUCCACAUCACUACAAGUUGGCAAAGCUUUCAAAACACUUAUCUGGCAAAGCAUUUUAUUAACGUCUAUGUGCAUUUGCUGCUUGAAACUACACACAUGGGGCAUUUCAUCAGCAUAUUCAUAUUACUAUCUGCAAUUCUAUUGUAGAACUAUUGCUUGAUUGUGAAUAGAAAACCAUUCCCAAGAGUGCUUGUUUAAUAGGGUGGUCAAGCCCACGGUUUCCAUUUCUUUAACAAAUUAGGCACCAAUGCUUCUGUUCAUCCA